GACAGUUUGACCUUCAAGUGCUCGCAACCCCCAUCAGUGGACGAUACCCUAGGAGCGUUGCCAGUACUAACGUGAUUUGCAUUUAUCAAACUUUUGCUGUGUUCUUACGCAACAAAAGUACCAUUUCAGUUCUAAAGAAUCUAUCCUGAGCUAUACGUUCGGUUCCUGCCUGGAGGAUUUGGUGAUCCCCUGCUACUAGACACGGAAGCCUGUUAAGCGAAAGCUUCUUCUAUUCCGUCCACAACCAUUUGAACCAUAUCCAAACAAGGUGUGUUACUUGUAUUUUUCUACAAAUCUCUUCCAAAAAGAAGGGGGAGAAAUCGGUAUUUCUCCUCUAUUCAUGCUUUCGUCCGCUUAAUUCCCUCUUUAUUGGUUGCUUGGUUCCAAUCUCUGGUGUAUGUUUAUUUGACCCCAAUAUUAUUUAGAUACUUUGGAAUAUGUUCCUAUAACUGAAAAAUGUUUACAUUUUUUGUCGUUUUCAUUUUUUUUGUAAGCUCCGUACUUAUUCAGGGUCAUUUUCUUAAAUGAUUAGUUAACAAGGUAACUCGAGUCACUCAAAUAUUUUACGUCGAAGAAUAUAUAUAUUCCCAUUAUAAUGGGAAUUGUAAACAUAAACCUAGUAUAAUGCUCCUGAAAUUCUAGGUAAUACUGCAAAUUUAGUCUCCCUGUUUGCUUGAAGUUAUGUGUUCUAUGUGCUUGUUCAGAUACCUUGUGAUAUUGGGGUCUAAACAUUAAGAAAUACUGAAGCCAAUGAAACUGCUACCAAAUUAAUCUUGAAUAACGGUUGUUUAAUUGCUUAUGGGCUAAAAAUUUAAUUUUAAGGAUUGAAGUGAGUGGAACAACUGACGCUACAUUCUCGUUAUCUUUGCGUGCGCUAAAAUGACAUACAACGCAAACAUAUCGGAGAUUGAAAUCCAGCAACAUAAUAAUCUAAGUUGAAUGUAGUUGACAGACAUACAAGUCAUCUCAACACUUAAUUGCCUGAAAUAGAUAUCUAGCAAAGUAGAAGUUGCAGUGACCAAAUGGGACUCGUUUUCUAGAUAUCAGAUAAAAGCAUUCUACAUCUAUGUGCAGGUUGAAGUCUAUUUCUGACUGAUAUUAACGUUUAACAUAAUCGUCUUCUAUAUUCUACUCGUCAUCGUCUCAAGCAGAUAAUAUUGCGAUUAGGUGCGGUUUUGUCCAAAAUUGUGUUUUACUUUCGAGCACAUACCUGAUUCUGGCUAUCCUACAGAGUGUACGAAGUCGCAAGUUUUGUUGGUCAAUAUGUCCAUCGUUCUAAAAGAAUUGGUGAAAGUAAUUUAUUUGCAUCUGAAAUCAUGAUCAGUUGUCUAAUCGAACCAAAGGGAAGUGCAGAUAAUAAAUAUAUUCAAUUUCUGUUAACUAGUUCCCUUCAUACUCACCAAACUUUUCAGAACUUGAGAAACCAACUGGUGAUGAAUAGGCUGUUAUUGCUGGGCCUUUAGGUGAUUAAAUAAAGGCAAUAUUUCCUUAGUUGGAUUCACUGACUCCUAUUUCUAUCUAUUCAGGAAAGUGCUCAUAUCUUGAUUAGAAUUUUGAUGUAACCGUAAUUUAUGGUUAAAGAUUUAGUGUGAUGCUUCUUGAAACGCUCUCAUUGCCAUAGAUGGAUUCCUUCCACUCGGAUGUGUCAUCACAUAUAUUUGUUGCUUCUCGAACCCAUCUUUUUUCUUGACUUUCUAUUACUUGCUUCACUACGUACUAUUAUUUGUAUUGAUAUUCUCGGUUCUUAUUUAUCUCUCUUGUGAUGGUUGACUCAAGGAAAUAACUGAAAUGUCCGUCUAUAUGGGCAGUUAUUUAAGUUCAAGUAACUUGUUUCAUGUCACUGUCGGCUUUGUUGUGUUAUCAGUCUGACUACCAAAUGUUCGGUGCCCAACGUAAAGUUUUAGCGUUCACAUGUGAAAACUGACAUCAUUAAGCUGCGAGUAUUUAAAGGUCGUCUGUUUUUGUUUCUUCCGAACGAUCGGUUGUGUUUGGUGAAGGUACGGUUAUACCAAGGUUCGGUAGUGAACAUUUAGGGAUACUGUAAACCAUUAUACAACUGAUGUUGUCCUAAAGCAUUAAUUAAGUUCUACGCAUAUUCCAAAAUAUCUCACGAAACACUAAUUGCUGCAUUCGAUACAGAGUGCUAUAGAGAGUGGCAACCGUUCGGUUUACACUGGUUAACCCGUUAUGACUCGCUAGAUAGAGUCCUAAAGACCAGGGAGGCAUUUUUACAUAUAGCCUCUAAUUAAUGGGAGCAGCAUUCUUAGAUUGCGUUCCAUCUUUUUUUAUGUGUAAUAAGCUAUCCUUUUUGAAGCAAUAACCAGCAUCCUUCAUUACUGCUUUUUUGUGGUCAUUGCAUAAUUUCCUCUCUUGCCGUGAUGGAAUUCUCGAUAUCUCGUUGUACUAAGGUUUUUACGUUAUUAGUAGUGGUUGAUAAGGGGGGAAUCUCAUUGGUUAGAAAUUUAUGGUUUGAACCAAAAAACCAUCGGGCAAUAAUAUGAUUUUAAAAAAUCAAAUUUAUUAUAUCGAAGAAUAUUCUCUUUUAUUCUCUUCUUGGUAUUUAUCGAUUUGCAACUAAAACUUAUAUUCUUUGAUCAUAUUAUUGGUAUACCUAAAGCUUGCUAAUUUUCCCUUCAUUAAUGUAAAUAUAUUUCAGUUCCGCUUAUUAAAUGUUACAUGAGUUGUUACUUGCUUUACAUGGAAUUUCCGGUGGUAUAUUCGUCGAGUCUGAUAAGACUGAAGAAGAAGAAGAUUUAUGUAUAGACCAAUAUUUAAUACCCAUAUCAAAUAAUCUUCCUUUUGUACCACAAGGUGAACUUGUCCUUUAUGCGGAAUUGUUAAAACUUGGAACUUGCUAUAAAUAUUUGCAAGAAUUUAUUGAACGCUUUUCCGAAUCAUAUCAUGGCUUAUAUUUAUCUGCAUUUGCAUUCGGAAUUGAUGAUUCACUUCAAGCAUACAGAAAAGAUCUAUGUACACUAGAAACUGAACUUCUGAUGGAUGCUGAUCUUGGUGUUUCACACAUUUCUUACCGUCUUCAUUCCUACAAGAUUUUAUUGCCUGUGCUUGUGAAAAUCACUAAAAAGGUGGAAAAUAUAGUUACAAUCCCUCAAACUACUGGCGUUAAGUCCAGCUGUCGGCUUUUAGAUACAAUAUUGUCAGCUGCGCCUCCUGGUCUACCAGGCCCAAGAUUCACUAUACAAAAGCUAGUGUUUCACAUUAUGCAAGUGUUUUUACGACAGUUAUCAUCGUGGCUUAUAUAUGGAGUUGUUAAUGAUCCUUAUCAUGAAUUUUUUAUCAAGUUAGAAAAUUUUACUUCAGUCUCUACCCACUCGAAUCCAUCCAUUUUACAAAGUCCUCAUGGUUAUUUUGAUGAUCAAUCAAAAAGGGAUUCUAUGACGGCAAAACCAAGAUUUUUGAUAGAUAAUGAAAACCUACCAUCAUUUCUACCAACUUCAUUUGCUCAAAAAGUGCUUGAAACUGGUGAAGCUGUAUAUUCUGCCACCUAUGAUCCAUCAGAAGCUUCUUUCUUACUGGAAUUAGAGAAGAAUUAUUGUCCUCGUUUUGCGGAACUGUCAACUUGUUUGGAAAAAAAUUCAGACGGACUUCAGUCAACUGAGAAAACUUUUAGUAACCUGAUAGAUCUUAAUAAAAUCAGUAAUUUGGUAUGCGAUAUACAGAGUGUUGUCUCAUGUCAUGCUUGGUGCAGUUUAUUAAAAGAACACAAAUUACUUCAAUAUCUUCGCUUAGUUAAGGAUGUCCUACUUUUAGGAAGAGGCGAAUUAUUCUUGGCAUUCCUUGAUCAUUUAAGUAUUUUAAAUAAUCUGAGCAACAGUAAUACCUCACGUUGUGGGACCACUUGUGAAAUCCAACAUAACAUUUUAGACAAACCUCCCCCAGCAAAUGAAAGUGCAGUUCAGGCUCUGGAAUACGAUGUUACUGAGGCGUUUCUGAGAGCAGCUCGAUCUUUAGGUAUGGAUGAUGAAGAACUAGAUUCCAAUUUUAAAUUUUCGAUAGAGUUGACAGCAGCUCAAUCAAAUAAAUUGUCAGAAAAUAUUACUGUUUGGGAUCGUUUGCAUUUAUGUAUUAUUGCUCCACCGGUGUUUGAACGUUUAUUCUCUCCUAAUGUUUGUCGUGCUUACGACAGUUUAUUUCGAUUUCUAUUCGCUAUCCGUCGAACACAACUGAAAUUACAACAGUUUUGGGCUGAUCAGAUAUUUUUGUGGCGUCGUACCUCUGCUUGUAAUCAGUCCAAUGUAAAUUAUGAUCAAACACAACCAACCAACGUUUUCAUUAAAUUGCAAUCCUGUAUAGGUCAAUGCCUCCUAGUUCGUAGUCAUAUGGCGUUUAUUAUUGAGAGUUUACAGUAUUAUUUACAGGUCGAUGUAAUUGAAGCACAAUACUCACACUUAAUUCAUCGUCUACAUAGUGAUCAAGAAAUCGGAUUAAUUCAAAUCGCACAUGAAGCUUACCUGGCUGGUUUACAAGCACAAGCAUUAUUGUUCAUGCCAAAUAUAAAAUUAUGUAUAUUACAGUUGUUAAAUUAUUGCUGUCAAUUUGUAGAUUUAUCAAAUCAACAAUACUACAAUGAUCAUUUAAUGAAUAUGGAUGAUGACCAUAAUCAUCAAUUGUCUAGUGAAGUGCAAGAGAUGGUGAAUAAAUUUUAUACUCAAGCAAAAUUAUUGUAUGAUUUAUUAAAUAUUUCUUGCUUAACCGGUGCUAAAAGUAGUGUUGGUUUCAAUCCUGGCCAUACUGCUGUUAAUAAUCGUCGGGACUUCGAAUCAUUAUCGUUACCUGGUAUUAUUACUACUACUGCUACUACCAAUCGUCCUCUUUAUUCAGAAAAAACAGAUUUAAAUCAGUUAUUGUUACGGAUAGAUUUUAAUCAUUUUUAUAGUGAUUCAUCGGAGAAUUUAAUCUAAUUAUUGUUGUCGACUGGUGAUAGGUCUGUAGAUUAAUUGAUCCUAAUCUUAUAGAACACAAUUUUGUUCCUUUAAACUAUUUUUCCUUUCUGAACAGUGUUACUGUCGAAAAUUUUUAAUGUAAAUGUCUGUGUAUUGUUGAUUUUAUUCAUAUAAUAGAAAUGAUUGCUACAUGCACAUGCAACAGUGUGCAAGGCGAUAUAUACACUUCUAUUCAAC